AUGGAUUUAAAAGUUGUUUACAAACACGUUAAAAUAGACAACGAAGACUUUUUUACCAACUCAAUAAGUGACAUCAAUGAAAUAUCAAAAUCAGUCAACAUUUACUCUUUAUCACUCCUCAACAAUUUCACAGAAAUAACCGAAUUAAGUGUUCCUCUUCACAUUAAAAAAUUGAAAACAAGUGUUUUUGAUAAUAACACAAAUUUAGUUUCUGUUAAUCUUCACAACAACAUCAGAAAAAUACCAACAAGAUGUUUUUUUAACUGCGGCAAUUUAAAACAAAUAGAUCUCCCACCCACACUUACAAAAAUUGGAGAUUCAGCGUUCAGUCAAUGUGGAAUUGAAUCGCUUAAAAUUCCAGACUCCGUGUCUUUUUUGGGUGAAAGUGCUUUUCAGAACUGCACAGAACUUGAACAUUUGACAUUUUCGAAAUCACUGUUUAUAAUUCCAAAUGGUUGUUGCGAUGGUUGCCAUGUUUUAAGUGAUGUGGUUCUUCCAGAGAAUCUUCUUGAAAUUUGUUCGCGUGCAUUUCAGCAGAAUUACAAUUUGGAUGUCGAUAUUCCAAAGAGUGUCACUAAAAUAGAACAAGACGCGUUUUACGAGUGUCUUGGCAAUAUUUAUUUGGAUGUUGGACCGGAAUGUAAAAUAGAGAAAGACUCUCCUUGGGAUAUUGACGUACUUUUUGGGACGUAUAACUAUAACAAAGAAUGUAACCACGUUAUAUUUGCAGAGGAUUUACACAUUAAAGUUAACUUCACUCCUUUCAAAAAAGAUAAGUACAUUAAAGUCAUUGAUUUUGGAAAUCUAACAACAAAAAAACUCAAUUGGAGCUGCAGUGGCAUACAAAAUUUAGAAAAAGUAUAUAUGUCACCGUUGGUUACAAAAUUUAAAGGAAUGAUGUUUAAAAAUUGUGUAAAAUUGAAACACAUUUUUGGGAUGGAAAAUGUUGUAAAAAUAAGGUUUGAAUGUUUCAACAACUGUGUUGCACUUGAAGAACUUGUGAUCAACAAAAGUGCAAAGAUUGAAACAAACUGCUUUGUAAACUGUACAUCACUCACAAAACUUGAAAUCCCAAAUUAUGAGAGGAAAGUCGAGUUUUUGGUGACACAGGAAGACCAGAAGGUGAUUGAACAAUUUAACUAUGUGUGCACACAAAUUAGCGUUUGUUUUGAUGCAAAUAAUUGCAAAUCAAAACUUGUAGAAUUCACAACAAAUCCAAAUAUAAAUACAAAACAAGAUGCGUUUUUUUGA